CCCAUGCUCCGUUCACCGGCACGAGCAAGUUCUACACAUGCGGCAGCGCAGCAUUCAUUCAAACUGAGAGCUUUCUAGAUCGGAGAAAAGACGGACUUAUUUCAUAUUUAAUCAACCUCGAACGCCGUUUUUUUUCUCUCUUAGUCACUUUAUUCGUAACUUCGUGCAGCUUAGCGGAGAGGAGAAUUUUUCACUAUCGUUUCUUUUUUUAAUUUUUCAUUAUCCCGCGCGCGCUAUCGUAACGUUAAGGGGUCUUGUGCGCGCGCUAAUUAGCUUACCGGCUAACACGCACUCUUCUCUUCGGGACUGACAACUGCGACGUGUGGAUGUACCCCUGCUCAUCUGCAGUCACACUUGCACAAUGGCUGGUUCACUCUGCUUGAUAGCUCAGCGCCCAAAGAACAGCAACAUAUCUAGUAUAAUUACAGGAUAGCAAUAAAUCUUCAAUAUACCUCUAGUUUACUUUAAUUGUUUACUGGUCAGCUCCAGAUAAACCUUUUUUAUAAGUUUGCACUGCUGAAUAUCAGAAAUCCUGUUAAGACAGGUGGACCUAAAGUAAAGUUAAUUAUUUAUUUUACCUUCAUACCUCUUUAUUUUAUAGCUGUAGCUAUUUUGACAGGCAUUCAUUCCCUUUAAGAUUGUGAAGCAGGUUCAUAUCUAGUCUACAAUCAUGGUUUCACCAACUGCGACUGCAAUAAUACUAGCCAGUACGGUAGGGAUAGCAGCAAACACUGCUCUGACAGACUACAUGUGGCUGCUGAUUGUCGGCUUCAUCAUCGCCUUCAUCUUAGCCUUCUCCGUGGGUGCCAAUGAUGUUGCUAACUCAUUUGGCACAGCCGUGGGCUCUGGAGUGGUCACCUUGCGCCAGGCCUGCAUUCUGGCCACAGUGUUUGAGACCGUCGGGUCUGUGCUUCUUGGGGCCAAAGUGAGCGAAACCAUCCGCAAGGGGAUCAUCGAUGUGAACAUGUACAAUGGCACUGAGUAUGUGCUGAUGGCUGGAUCCGUCAGUGCCAUGGUUGGUUCUGCUGUGUGGCAGCUGGCCGCCUCCUUCCUUAAGCUCCCCAUCUCUGGAACACACUGCAUUGUUGGUGCUACUAUUGGCUUUUCGCUGGUUUCCAAAGGCCUGCAGGGAGUCAGGUGGUGGGAACUCUUCCGCAUUGUUGCCUCCUGGUUUUUGAGUCCUCUUUUGUCUGGAAUAAUGUCUGCCAUUGUGUUCUACUUUGUGCGCAUGUUCAUCUUGCACAAGAAAGAUCCGGUACCUAAUGGGUUGAAGGCCUUGCCUGUCUUCUAUGCCAUGACCAUGGGCAUCAACCUGUUCUCCAUCAUGUUCACUGGAGCUCCGGUGCUGGGAUUUGACAAGAUCCCUUGGUGGGGCGUCCUGCUCAUCUCAUUGGGCUGCUCUGUGCUGACCGCCAUUGUGGUCUGGUUCAUUGUCUGCCCUCGCUUAAAGAAGAAGAUCGAACGAGAUAUCAAGUCUUCCAGCCCCUCUGAGAGCCCCUUGAUGGAAAAGAGAGAGCUCAGAGAGGCCCACUGUCCAAUUCUGAAGCAGACUGCCAAGGAGACGUCUACACCUCCCACACCAGCUGUCAAUCAGAGCUCUUCUGCUCAGCCCCAGCCUGCCCCCGAGGAGCGCAGGGUGGCAUUUGACAUAGGAGAUUCUGACGAUGCUGACAAUAAUAAAGAGCGCAAGGUGGCGUUUGACAUUGGAGACUCUGACGACACAGACUGUAGCAACGCAAAUGGUGCCCCCAAACAGGUUCAGUCAAACAAUCAGGUCCAACUCAACAAUCAGCAAGUCCAGCAGAGCAAUGGCUCCACGAAUACCUCCAAUCAGGUCCAGUUCAACAACCAGGUUCAGUUCAGCAACAGGCCAGCACAGAUCCCCAGUAACGGUUACAGCCAGUACCACACGGUCCACAAGGACUCCGGCCUCUACAAAGACCUGCUGCACAAGCUCCACCUGGCCAAGGUUGGUGACUGCAUGGGCGAGGGCGGAGACCGACCGAUCCGGCGCAACAACAGCUAUACCUCCUACACCAUGGCCAUCAUCGGCAUGCACGGAGACUUCAAGCAUAAAGAUGGGGAUUUCCGUGCCAGCGAGGAGGGCGACAAGGGCCCGGGAGCCGGUGGUCAGGACAGGAAGCGGAUCCGUAUGGACAGCUACACCAGCUACUGCAACGCCGUGGCCGAGCACACAACUCCUGAAAGUGUGGGAGAGAACGACGUGACGCUAGAAAUGGGGAAGGAGGACGCAGGUAGCAACCAGAGCUCUGAAGAUGAAGACAGGCUUGAUGCUGACAAGCCAGAAGUCUCGACUCUGUUCCAGUUCCUCCAGAUUCUCACCGCCUGCUUCGGAUCCUUCGCCCAUGGAGGAAAUGAUGUCAGUAACGCCAUUGGACCGUUGGUUGCUCUGUGGUUGGUUUACCAAUCAGGUAGUGUGACUUCAAACCAGCCUACACCCAUCUGGCUGCUGCUGUAUGGAGGCGUGGGCAUCUGUGCUGGACUCUGGGUGUGGGGUCGGCGAGUGAUCCAGACCAUGGGCAGGGACCUAACCCCCAUCACCCCCUCAAGCGGUUUUAGCAUUGAACUGGCCUCAGCCCUGACUGUGGUGGUUGCCUCAAACAUUGGUCUGCCUGUUUCCACCACCCACUGCAAGGUGGGCUCAGUGGUGGCAGUGGGAUGGCUGCGCUCGAGGAAGGCGGUGGACUGGCGGCUGUUUAGAAAUAUCUUCAUGGCUUGGUUUGUGACCGUGCCCAUCUCCGGUCUGAUCAGCGCCGCCAUCAUGGCGAUCUUCAUCCACAGCGGCAUCCUGUGAGCGUUCGGCUGCACCCCGAGCAGGGGAGGAGAAAGAAACCGCUCCAGCGCAAGCCAGGAGAAGGGGAGCAAAGUUGGAAGGCCAAAAUAUAUCGCUUACCUCAAGCCAACAACUUUGGAAGAAAAAGGAAAAAAAAAUGUUUUGAAAGGACUUGUGACAUGUGCCUGUGGUUCUUGGCUGCAUCAUUUUCAACCUAGAAUUUGCUGCUUGUUCCAUUUGGGUCACAUAACUUCCAGUGGGAAACUCGCAUUUCUUUGUUCUGACUUGCUUUUUUUCAUAUCACAUCAUUCUGUAAAGAGUUCAUCUAAAAUCAACUGAUUUUUUUUCUAAUACUCAUCUCUCCACUUUUUUUUAACUUUGCAAUUAUGUAUAUACGACCAUGCUGUUUUCAUUUUGUUUUACACUAGACAGAAAUGAACAACUAAGAUGCAGUAUUAGCCUUUAACAGAUGUAAUUUUCCAGUCAUAACACAUGCUGAAAAUAAGGUAGAUGCAAAAGCAGUAUUUUUUAGGUGAAAACAAGGUUAUUGGUGUGUAUGUGUGUAUUUCUCCCCGAUUCCAAGAAUUUGUUCUGAAUAACUUUGUAUCUGGCGUUCUUGUAUCCCCCAGAUUGGAACUCUUUUUUUUUCCUCUGUUAAAGAACAAAGAUUUACUCCCACGUUCAACAAAAUGAUUCCGCCACAGUAUCAGCACUACAGUUUAAUCUACAGUGGUAGAACAAACGGCACACCUACAGAACGAUAUGAAAAAUACUCAUUAGUAUUAAAAAAAUUCAGCAAAUUUCUUGGCAAGAAAUGACAAAGGCCAAGUCGUUAAGCUAGUGGAUUAUCUAUCUGCUAUCCGGUUCUUCAUCCAAAUCUCCUGAGGCUUUUACAUUCUUGGAUCAGCACAGAAAUACCUGUCUUGACUUCAGUUUUAGAAAUGCAACAGCAGAAUGUCAACCAGCACCGACCGCGUGCUCUCAAACGAGACCUUACGUCGCCUGUUGAAACUUGAUUUCAUAAUCAUCGAUGACAUGCUUUAGACCUGCUUCAGCCUUGUUUUUCUAGUUCACCUUGUACCAGCUACUUCCAGUACGUUUAUUUUCUGUGGAGUUUGCACCUGCCUCUUUCCUCCCUCUGAAUACCAAGGAGGAAGAGGAACCUAAAAACUGGAAGGUAUGUAAAGUGUGGUUUGGUGAUGAUCUGUUCUGUGGUUUGAAGGAGCGCAGCAGGUAUACGUUGCAAACCACCAGCGUGUGGUCAUUUUGGCUGCAGUACUAAAUGCAUUACAGACCUAUAGAUGCUGUAGUUGCCUUAAUUGUUUUAUUUUCCCUUAGGUACCAAAGAAGUUGUUCUUUUUUUUUAUGCACAUCAACAAAACUCUGCUCCACGUGUGUGGAUGGAAAAAUUAAAAUAAAAACGGGAAAACACUGAA